CUAACUGCUCUGAAGCUACUGUGGAUAUUAUACUCUUCUUCUUCCGGACCCUUUGGUGGAUAUUUGAGAAGUCUCUCGCACUCACAUUUUUGUGGCUUACCCGGAAAAUCAUGACUCUGGAAGAAGUUCACGGACAAGAAACCGUUGUUGAAAGCGCUGACAGGAUGCAAACUGCUGGCAAAGCCCUGCAUGAACUAUUGGUCUCUGCCCAGAGAGAGGAGUGUCUGACCGUUGGAGUCUAUGAGUCUGCCAAAGUAAUGAAUGUAGAUCCAGAUAGUGUCACUUUCUGCAUCUUGGCUGCAGACGAGUACGACGAGGGUGAUAUAGCCCUUCAGAUCCACUUCACUCUGAUUCAAGCUUUCUGCUGUGAAAAUGACAUCAAUAUCGUGAGGCUGAAUGACACAGAAAAAGUAGCUCAAAUUCUAGGCUUAACAGAUGAGUCUGCAGAGCCCAAGGACCUGCACUGCAUCCUUAUUACGAAUCCAAAUGAGGAUGCCUGGAAAGAUCCAGCCCUGGAGAAACUGGGUAUAUUCUGUGAUGAAAGCCGUAAAGUCUACGACUGGGUUCCCAGUAUCACCCUGCCAGAGUGAACAUCUUUUCUCUACAUUAGAUUGUAAAAUCUCUGCAUUAUUAUCAUGGUGUUGUGCACCUGGAUGGACCAGCAGCAUUCCGAAGUCUGUGGAUUACGCUGGUUGAGGUCAGAUUAAGUCGCCAAGACUGGCAAAGAUGUUGGCUCUUGUGGAGCAGAAGAGUAAGGAGGAAAACUUAACAUGGACUGAUCUGUAAAAGGAAGGGUUGGUGCCAGUUUGAAGCCUCCCAAAGCACUGGGGGGGGGGCAGUCAUGCCAUGGAGCUGGAGGAGUUUUGCAUGUGCUAAAAGCAAAAAUGGAAGCUUUUAAGAUGGAUAUGAGGCAAAUUAAGCAGCUGGUUAAAGGAAAGAACCUGUUCUGUAUCUGCUUUUGGAGUUUGCUGAGAUAUGAAACAUGAACUUUAUAUACACAUUGGAAGAGUCUGGGACUAUAUAGCUCUGGAUUGCAAACUGAGACUGAAUUCUGUUCAUUGCAGCUUGUUAUUGGUUAUUACAGUCUACUACUACAGUCUACUACCCAGAAUACAUAGUAAAAAAAAAAAAAGACUUUCUGUAUUUUCAACAUUUUGACACUGUUGCAAAUUGAAGUGCUUUUCUUGAUGAAACUUGGCAUUUAAAAUGUUGUUUUCUGUCAUUCAAUAAAUCAUUUUAAAUCUCA